AUGAGUAAAAGCUGCACCUGGAGGAAUUCCAGAAGGGUAUCCUAUGACGCUGAGGUGCUAAAGAUGUUUUGGGAGAAAAAAAUCGAGCUUCACACGAAACAGCUGCAGAACGAGGACACGAGGAUCCGCAGGAGCGCCCUGGACAGGCUCCGCGGCGAGUGGGCUCGGAAGCUGGAGAGGAGAAGCCAGAUGCUGAGCAGCCGGGAGGCGCCCCCGCCCUCCCCACCAGAGAGCAGCCCGCCGCCUGAGGCCCGACCCGCGCCCCCCGCGGCCCCGCGGCCGCCGAAGCUCUUCGCGGUUUCGCCUGGGGCUGUGCCCCCUCCAAAUGGGCAGGAGGCUGGGCCGCAGCGGGAGGACCUGGUCCGUCUCAUCUACCGAUGA